CGAAGAGUGGCCGCGGCCGUAUCAAUCGAUUUGGCCGGUUGUGAGGGCCUUGCGCGGCUGCUUGUGAUUGCUUAAGCCGCCUCGGCUGCGCCCUGCUCUCGCGCGCUGUCGAACGAGCACUGCUGAGCCACAACAAGACUUGGUCCACUUUUGCUCGGCCGCAGAGGCGCCGCAGCAAUGGAAACUGGGCAGGCGCCGGUAAGAAUAGCGAGGGCCGUAGAGACUGGCAGCAUCGACGAGGUAGAAGCGUGGCUCGACGGCGGCGGUGACCCCAACGCCUCGGGCCGGGCCUCGGGCCGGUAUCCACUGCUAUUAGGAGCCGCGCGGUAUGGCAAGCUAAGCAUGGUAGAGCUCUUGCUGUCGCGGGGCGCUGACAUCGAUGCCACCGAUCCCGUCGGGAGGACGGCCGUGUACCAGGUGCUGAACUACUGGGCCCCAUCACUCUUCACGUUAAAGCUGCUCCUUUCGCACGGCGCUGACGUGAAUUUGGCAUUACAUGGUCACCAACCCGGCCUUACCGCUCUGAUGAUUGGUACAGUGGGCGGUCCCGACAUGGUGCGGCUGCUUCUGCGCGCUGGCGCUGAUAGUGAGCAUCGCGCCCGUGACAGUCAUACGGCGGAAGAAUUCGCUCGAGCCAGAGCUCACGAAGCAAGCUCGAUCGUGGAGAGCGCCGAUUUCCUAAGGGACGUCCGCCUCGCCGGCAGCUGGACGCGUUAUUUCCUCCGGCCUCACAAAAGUCUGCUCGUGUUGCGCGCCCUUUGUCAUCGCGGACGCGCGACGUUUAGUGCCCGGACACCGGAGGUGUUCGUGCGCCUCUUCGGCGCGCCGGACGGCCGGCACCGCAAAUACACGAUGCGCGGCCGCGUUGAUCUCCCCGACCCGCUCUUUUGGCGCGUCCUGGAGUUCGCGCUCGGGACCGUGUACGACUAUCCCUGGGUUCGGCAGCGAGUCCGAGCGCGCGCGGCCCGCCGCGGCUGAAAGCUAAGUGUGUUCUCUGUUA